CAGCCUGCCUCCUGAUGAUACUCACCUAGAUGCUCGGGCUUGCGGCGCCUAGCGGAUAUACACAGUAAUUUCCAACGGAACGUAGCAUCCUCAAAUGUCACUUUAUCACAUGGAAACGCCUGGUCUCUGCCUAUACAUAUGAAGAUAUAAUAUCGUUAUGCGUUCUUAACAUAAGCAGGAAAACAUAUUUUAAUACACUGUCAGAGAGCAAUGAGUCGUUGAUGGCGAUUGUUUCUAAAACAUUAAGCUGUGUUUGCUGUCUUGAACACAUCUCGCUGAGUACCCCGAUAUUGUUCAAGGGGAAUAAUAAUGGCUGCACAGGAGCCGUCUCCACCGUCUUCCCUGGAAGGCAACAAACCGGGCUUCCCAAAGAAAAUUUUGGCCAACAACCACGAAGACAAGCAUUUGUGCAAUUCUUGUCAUAAAAUCUUGAGAAGGCCUUUGCAAGCUCAAUGUGGUCACCGCUUUUGUUCGUUCUGUUUCAACAAAAUUGUGAGUUCUGGACCACAGAAAUGUAGUGCUUGCAUCAAAGAGGACUUGUUUGAGGAACCUACCUCCAUUCUCAAGCAAGGUGGUGCUUUUCCGGACAAUGCAGCUCGGAGAGAAGUGGAGGCCUUGGCAGCUGUCUGUCCCAAUGAAGGAUGCAUGUGGACGGGAACUAUCAAAGAAUUUGAGGCCAGCCAUGAGGGCAACUGUGACUUCAUGAUCAUCCUGUGUCCUUCCUGUAAAGAGCUGAUGAGAGCCAAUGAACAGGAGCGCCACAACGAGAGAGAAUGUCCAGAGAGGACGCUCAACUGCAAAUACUGCAAAGAACCUUUCCUGUUAAAGAACAUCAAGGCUCAUGAUGAAAUCUGUCCAAAGUACCCGAUGAUUUGUGAAGGUUGUGCAAAGAAAAAGAUCCCCAGAGAAAAGUAUGUGGACCAUAUUAAGUUCUGCAGUAAGUUUAAAGCACCAUGCAGAUUUCAUGUUGUUGGCUGCGAUACGUCUGUGGAGAAAGAGAAGAUCCAUGACCAUGAGCGGCAGUGUUCCUAUGAACACCUCAAUCUACUCCUGCAUUUCAUCAUGGGCAUCAAGGUGAGCUUGGAGAGCCUGCAGCCCCAGAGUCUGGAUGUGGCCAGCCACAAAUUGCAGGAGCUCCACCAGUCCCUCAGGGACCUGGAGCUGAAGAUGAGCCAGCUGGGGGGAGGUGUUGCAGCUCCCGUGCAGGGUGCAUGUGCCCCGACACUGGCCACUUCCUUCACACCGCUGCCCAGCUCCAUGGGUGCUGCCCUGGAGCUGCAGCUCCAGAGCGAAAAAACCAAGGUGGCCGAGCUGAGCCGGCGUUGCCAGGAGCUGGAGCUCAAAGUUAGCACGUUCGAGAACAUCGUCUGUGUACUCAACCGAGAGAUGGAGCGCUCCUGCACCACCAUGGAGGCUUACAACCGCCAACACCGACUGGACCAGGACAAGAUCGAGAUCCUCACCAACAAGGUUCGUCAGCUAGAGAGGACAGUGAGUCUGAGGGACCUGUCCAUCGUGGAGAUGGAUGGAAAAAUGAGGGAGAUGUCUGCAGCCACAUACGACGGCAUCUUUGUCUGGAAGAUCUCGGAUUUCACUAAGAAGAGGCAGGAUGCCGUGGCCGGCCGUGCCCCUGCUAUGUUCUCUCCUGCCUUUUAUACCAGUAAAUACGGCUACAAGAUGUGCCUGCGGAUCUACCUGAAUGGAGAUGGGACUGGCCGUGGCACCCACUUGUCUCUGUUUUUUGUGGUGAUGAGAGGACAUAGUGACGCGCUCCUCAAGUGGCCUUUUAAUCAGAAGGUCACCCUAAUGCUGCUCGACCAGAACAACAGGGAGCACAUAAUUGAUGCCUUCCGGCCCGACAUCUCCUCCUCAUCCUUCCAGAGGCCUGUCAGCGAUAUGAACAUCGCUAGUGGUUGCCCACUCUUCUGUCCGCUCUCCAAGCUGGACUCUAAAAACUCCUACAUUCGCGACGACACCAUCUUCAUCAAGGCUAUUGUAGACCUCACUGGACUCUAGGCAAACAAUGACAGCAUAAAUUCAACCUUGCCUUUUGUUGCUACUAAGCUGUUCACCAGGCUCCUGUAACAGGCAUUUCUCUUUGGGGGUCUGUCUUGUUCUUAUGGUUUUGGUACAGAUUGUUGACGGCAAUAUGUAGAGCAGGAAACACUGGCCACAGUUUUCAAAACUUCUUUAGCCACUAUAACUAGUUUACCAAUCAAAAAUUUUUUUCUUUAACAAAAACCAGUGCCAGUAUUUGGCUGGUGACGGGUGUUAUUUUCCACCCUGCGUAAGACCCUUAAACAGCAUUUGAACUGAUUCCAAGACCUAGGUAGAAUAUUAUGCUAAAUUCCACUGAUCACUCUAUUGCUUCUUAUACCAUAGAUGAGGCUCAACAUGUUUACUUUAACGCAGAAAAAUCACCUGAUUUAUUUAAAAAAAAAAAGGGUUUAACUGAGUUUUCACAAGGAUUGAAUGUCCAUUCACAUUCAAAUGUUGUUUCAUGCUGCAGUUUAAUAAAUAAGUUCCUCUUGUGACAAAACUCAGUUAUCACUGCUAGCUGGGCUUUAACUGGUAGCUACCAUAACUACUGUUGCGUGAAGGUUCAGUGUGUAAGUUUUAGUGGCAUCUAGUGGUGAGGGUUGCGAAAUGCAAUAAACAGCUCACUCACCGCUCACCCCUCCCUUUGCAAGUGUGCAAGAGAAGCUACAGUGACCGACGAAAAAUACGUGUGGUCCUGCAUUUAUCCAAAUUUCUCUUCUCUUCUUACUUCAUUAUGUAAGGUCUUUAUACACUACUGAAAACAAAGUAAUCAGUGUUUUCCAUACAUUCAUUUAUUAGUGGUGGCCCACCAUAUUAUUAACACUGACCGGCACAUACUAUAUCCGUAGCCGGAUAUCUGCUGGCUACAACGGAAUCCCCAAAACAUUGGUUGUUGCCCACAGAGGUUAAAUCAUUGUCAGACCAUAGCCGAUGGGUUCCGAGAUUGCAAAUCAAACUGAAAACAGUAACCGGUGCACGGAAAAGGAAGACUUGGCCUGGAUAUCUGUGGCCAGAUAUCAGCUGGCCACACUGGAAGCCCAUAAACAUUCUACGUUGGAGCCAAAUCGUUAGAGAAUAGCAGAUGGGUUCUGAGAUUGUGUCUCGGCUAACAUGAUGAAAUGUAAAUCCAGUAUUCUCUCCACCAACUCCUGAGGAAAAAUAUCUUGCUCUUUGGCUUGCUAGAUGCUUUACUGUGUUCACCAGCUAGUUGCUAACUUUGUCUGUCUGUGGAUAGUGUACAGUGUGUUAAUCAGCUUUUUCACUGGAGCUGCUGCUAGGAACAAACUGGAUGAGAGCUGUGAACUGUAACAGUAAAAUUCUGAGUCUGUUGAUCUUUUGUAUUUGUAAUUUCAAACUCCAACAUUUCAAGAUUUUAUUUUUGAAAAUAAUGACAAUUAGACCAGAGACACCGUAGCUAUGUAGAUUGAACAGCCUACAAACGCAGUGAUAGAUCAAGUAGGUCUAGGCGCUUCACAGUUUGCGUGUACUGCUUGACGUUUGGUAAACUAAUCCUUUUUUGUAUUGCAUUUAUUUACAAACAUAGAGCUCCAAUAACAGUGUGACGCCCAUGUAGCCUUCAGAGUAUUGCUCAGCUUUGCACACAGUUUGUAGUGCAGUUGGACUUUUACACUUGUUUACUGUUUCUUAACAUCUAUGCCUCCAACUCUCAAGUCCUGUGUUCAAUGGUAGUCAUUUGUGGUGGUGGAUAUUGUUUGAAUUCCAUGAAUUCUGAGUGCAGUAUCUCAGUUGUGAAUGUUGGUGUGUGUGUGUGUGUGUGUGUGUGUGUGUGUGUGUGUGUGUGUGUGUGUGUGUGUGUGUGUGUGUGUUCCAUUUCUUUGCCGUUAGUUGCCGCCUUAGUUUGCAUGUUGGAUCUGUGGAAGAUGCACCGUAGCUUGCAACAGUUUCUGGGCUGUUUGUCCAGGAAACCGAUGGUAGUCAAGCUGAUUUUCCCAAAUGGAAAUAUGACAUAUUUUUACUAAAAAAUAAAACAUAUAUUUGCAUACAAGUUCUGAUAGAUUCAAUAAAUAUCUUUUGAUAUUAAUCUUUGGCUUUUUUUCAAUAUUUGUUGUCUGCAUAGUGUCUUUGACCUUUUCACUGAGGAUGUAUUCAUUGUCAUUUUAGCAAUUUAGAAUAUUUAACAUGCAUAUGUACAGAUAUUGAAAUGGCCAAAAUAGAAUAUUGAAUAUCCCUGUGCAUUGAUUUUGUACAUAUUUACCACAUGAGAGGUAUAUCAAAAAUAUGUCCACCACAGUGUCUUCACAAAUUAUUCAUUUCCAUUUUUUUCUACAUUUUGUGAUGUUGCUCCAGUAGCAAGAGUGUGGGGCUGUAAAAAUUCUAAUGUGGGUGCGUUCAUGAUUUGGCGGUGCUCUAGACUCGUUAGUCUUUUUUAGCAAAAAAAGACUAUCAUAACUACCACUAACUGUACUCUUGUAAGCGAUGUGCUACAAAUUCUAAGUGGUAUGCAGGUUUACUUUCAUAUCUUAAAAGGCUUUAAUAAAAAUCAGUCUCUGUUGUAGGAUGAUAUUGGUAGUCUACAUACAAGUAUAAAACCCUUCAGCAUAAGUUCCCAUUGCAAUGUAGCCCAGUAAGAAGUAAAUGAAAACCCAGGGUUAAACCUGAAGUUACCUUGCUAACCCCAAAUCCUGCUUCAUAGGACAGGCACCAGGUUUCACGUUUUUGUUGUGACAUGUAGUUAUAUCUGUGAGGCAGAUCAUCGCUGCAUGAAUUGCAGAUGUUUCUUUCUAUAAACACAACCAGUCAUUUUAUUUGGAGACGUAUUAAAAGACAAAUAAGAGUGAUGGAUACACCACCUACUAAGUUCCUUCAUCACCAUACUGCUUUCAGCUUUUCAAUUUUAAUACAAUUGCAUUAUUAGAAUUUGUCAGCUGUAUGUGGCUAUUCUAACUUAAGUUAUUUAACCUUGAUGCUGUAACAUUACGAAAUGCAGAAAACGUCAGGAUUGUUGAGCACUUUGAGAAGACACUGAAUUAUAUUUCCAUAUGGGUUGUAGCCUUUGGUCGAGCUUAGACCCACAGAGUGUGGUAUGUGGAGGCUGGAACUGAGAUGUGAAGGCCUCAGGAUGGAAGCAGAGCUGAGGUAUUAAAAGAGAAAAUGGUUGAUGUUAUUGUAAAAUAUUCCUAUUUUUGGCUUUCCUUACAGCUUUGAACUGACCUACUUUUUACAGAAAAAGAAGUGCCUGUACCUUUUUUUUUCUUUUCUUUUUUUAUCUUUCCUGAGCCCUGAGUCGUGGAUGUGCUUUCGUGUGAGUGUCAACCUACCAAAAUGUGAAACCUUUGAUUUUGUGCAGUGUAUUUUUUUUAUUUUUAUCUUUAAUUUGUUGUUUGUUGUUGACCUUUAUGAAGUCCCCCUUUACUUGACCCUUUGAUGUGAUGAAAUCAAAAUGACUAAGAAUGUUUCCCUUUGCAUACAUAAAACUAGUGAAUGUUAAUGGCGUUACUUUAUUUGAUCACAGAUUAAAAACGAGGUCAGCAUAUCAUUAACAUCCAGCUUUUGGCAUCUUCAUCCAAACACUUCCAGCAUGUUUUUAAACCUCUCAACAAAUACUGAAACCUCUCUGUGCAUGAGGGGUUUCAGUAGGAGAAAGAAAUGCAUAUACCAAACACUAGGUCAUAUUGUAGACCAGCAUUUUAUUUGUUUUAUGAUCAAUAUAUACAGGAUAUGAGCGUGUGAUGUAAUUGUGGUACAAACUUUGACAGUGUGCUUGAGUUUGAGGAGCUGUUUGCUGCUGUGAGAAAGUUAAACAUAUCUAAAUAAUAUAUAGACUGUACUUAUUAAAAAAGUUAUACUGUAUGUUGAGACUGUUUAAAAGCACGGUUUGGUUCGUCUGGCUGAUUGUGAGAAGAUGCAUCUGCAGUCUGACCUCAAUAGGUUGCAGCUAAUAUUACCGGCUGUUGUGCAGAAAUUUUCAACAUUUCUUUUCUUGUUAUUACAGAAACAUAUAUCCUCUUUAUUUCCUCUUUAGAAUAUGUUUAUUGAUCCACAUUAUGUAGACUACAUUUUGCAUGCAUGACUGCAGCCUCAAAUAAAGUAGCUGCUGCAUUACAUUCGGGCCUAUGUGCUGAUUUGUGCCCGCAGACACAGCGUAGCAGCACGGUAUGUAUGUUUGUUUGCUUGCUCUUGUAUAAUGUGUUACCUGGUGAACUUAACAAAAGGGCUUCACAUUUCAUUUCCAUCUGCUAAAUGUCACAUACAGGCGUACAUUCACAUUUGUCUGUUUCUCACAGCCUGUAGCUUGAUCUGUUGAAUGGAUUUGACAGAACCUUCUCUAGACUCCAGCAGGGGAGCGAUAUCACAUUUGAGCCGGUUGAUGUUAUGCUGUAUCAGCGAUAUUGACUUGUAGGAAAUGCCACACUGCCUCACUGUUAUUGCAACAGAAAAAAACAAUAUGUCAAUGUGAUGUAUGUAUUUCAAACAACACUUCAGUACUGUCAAACUGAAACAGGUCAGAUGUUUAUUUACAUUUCUAUUUCUCUGUUUAUGGAUCUCCCUAAAGCCCAUGUUGAGAUUAAGAUGAAGCGCUUUCAUCUGUAGCAAUGACAUCAAACUCCAAUCUACUUGUUGUUCUCUCUGCUACAUUGUGUCGAUAGUGAAUCGUGUGUUAGUAAACUCUUUGUACUACAGGAAAUUUGUUCCAUAUUUGUAUUUACUUUUGUUUUAUUAAAGGUUUUAAGAUGCCCUCUA